AAAACAAAAGAAUAAAGAAAGCAACGAAUAAACGAUAACAUGCAAAGUUCGUUGAACGUUGUUGAAGGCAGGAUUGUUGGAGUUUGCGCGUCAGAAAGUUUCAUCUCUUCCAGGUGGGAGAUCCACGAGGAUCUGUCACAAGAAUCGCAUGUAGAUCUUCCCCGCGAGUGCCGGUAUUCGGUUCGAGCUUAUUUUAUUUUUUUUUUUUUCGAUCAAAAUUCUUUUUCGUGCGAAAAAGAAAAAAGGUGCAGCGAAAUGUUAGGAUUGAUAUUUUUCAUAUUGCUGUCAAUGUACAAAAAUCGGAAUUACGCUCUUGAUGUUUCUUCAGCAGCUUCAAAGACUUCUUCGAAAGUUACGUUAACCAGAGGAACCGUCAACGACAUUGUUUCUAGAAAUAUCACAAUGGUUCUCGAGAAUCUUCUAAUGAAUUACGAAAACAAUCAACUACCUACUCACGGAAAGGGAACACCAACUGUGGUAAAAACAAAUAUUUUAAUAAGGAGCAUGGGUCCUGUGUCAGAACUCGAUAUGGAUUAUUCAAUGGAUUGUUAUUUUCGACAAUCUUGGAGAGAUUCUCGUUUGAGCUUUUUAGGCCCAAUAAAAUCUCUCAGUUUAAGCAUCAAAAUGUUGGAAAGAAUUUGGAGGCCAGAUACGUAUUUUUAUAAUGGAAAACAUAGCUAUGUGCAUACCAUCACGGUGCCAAAUAAAUUAUUAAGAAUCUCGCAAGAUGGAGAUAUUCUGUAUUCUAUGAGGUUAUUAUAUAUCAAUUAAUAAAUAUUUCAUUUUUUAUAUGCAUAUACGUCCAGUCAAUUAAUUUAUGAAUGGCAGGAGGGCUCUUCGGUUAAUUUUGUUCCUGGAAUGGCUCUUUCACAAUUUGACUUGAUGGGUUCACCAUAUAGAAAUUUAACGUUCGUUCGUCGAGAGGGUGAAUUUUCGGUUCUUCAAGUAUCCUUCAACUUGCAACGACAUACCGGCUAUUUUCUCAUUCAAGUUUACGUACCUUGUGUUCUAAUAGUAGUUUUAAGUUGGGUAUCCUUUUGGAUUCAUCGCGAGGCUACCAGCGAUCGAGUUGGACUAGGUAUUACUACCGUUUUGACAUUGUCAACCAUUAGUCUGGAUUCUAGAACAGACUUACCAAAAGUUAGAUAUGCCACUGCUCUCGAUUGGUUUUUAUUAAUGAGUUUUGGAUAUUGUAUUGCUACGUUAUUAGAAUUUGCUGGUGUACAUUAUUUUACAAAGGUUGGUAGUGGAGAAAUUCCUUUGGAGGAAGAAGAAUGGGAAAACGAGAGUGAAACUGAUUAUCAAGAUGCGUUUUGUAGUAUUGUAUCGUGCAGUCCUCAAACGGUUCAUCCAGAAACGAUAAUAGAUGUAUCUCGAAGAAGAAGUUCUUUGAUAUGUGAUGUUUAUGGUGUUAAUGAAUCGAUUUCUUACGAAAGAGGAUCAAUGACUGUAUCUGUUGCAUCAAAGCCAUCAACAAUGGAAAGACAAACACAAACAGAAGUAUGGAUACCGAAAUGGCGACAAUUUCUUUAUUGUCUUGCUGGUGAUGAAUCAUUCAGGAAGCGCAGACAAAGAGAAGCAGCUGGAAACUGUAGGAAACGUGGCGAAAAAAUUGCAAGACAUAUAAACAGCGUGUCUUACAUCGAUAAAGUUGCACGAAUAGUAUUUCCUGCUUCUUUUGGACUACUCAACGUUUGUUAUUGGGUCAUUUACGUCACCUAUCAAGAAGAAUUUAAAUGGCAAGAUCCUCCGCUUGGAUCAAUUUCUCAAUGAUUUAAUUAAUUAAAAUAGCAAUGUCUAUGAUAUUUAUGCAUACAUAUUAUAAUAUAAAAAUUGAAAAAUAUAUUAUCAUUU